UCCUGCGGUCGUGUGCGGUGCUUUACUCCUCCUCCUCCUCCAGGUGGCGGUGGGUCAGCGGGUGCCGGAGUCGAAGAUGGACCCGGAGGUGUACUGCCCAGGCCGCGGCCCCCAAGAGCUCUUCAGGGCGCAACAACCUGCCGACAUCACCGAAGAGGAGGCCCAUGCGACAUGCAGGAGCUACUACCGCUGUGUGCCGGGUGGGGGUAACCGCAUGCGAGUGAUCCACAGCAAGUGCGGCGGCUUGAUGUUCUUUGAUGUUGAGCUACAGACCUGCCAGCUCCGUAACAAAGUCCACAACUGUGCCAAGUGGGAGCAGGCUCAGAAACCGAAACCAAAAUGGCCGCGAAAUUACAACGACGAGACUCCAUGCACAGCUGAAGAAAUAGAGUGCGGCAGUGGCGAGUGUUUGGGCAAAGAACGGUUUUGUGAUGACAUUCCUGACUGUGAGGACGGGUCAGAUGAGAACAUCUGCAGCGACCCCGAGAUGGAUCCCAACGCAGCCGAGCGAUGCAAUCCCACCACUUGUCUCUGGGCGGAAGGCUGUUUCUGUUCUGUCGACGGUUCACGCAUUCCUGAUGAUCUCCCUCCUGCUCAGACCCCCCAGAUGAUCAUGAUCACAUUCACAGGAUCCGUCAGCGAGGAGAGCUUCAAAGUUUACCAGGAAAUUUUCGGGAAAAGUAUCACGAACAAGGGGAAUGAUUGCACUCCUAAGGCAACCUUCUUCGUCAGUCACGUAUUUUCCAACUAUUCGGCAAUUCAGGAGCUUCAUCGGCAAGGGCAUGAGAUCGCCGUGUCUUCCAUCACCAACAACGCAGACAAGAACUACUGGAGCAGUCUUUCCGUGGCGGACUUCGAAGCUGAAUUCGAUGGCGGUCGCUUGAUCGCAGAGACUUUCGCUAAUAUUUCUCAAGGGGAAAUUCUAGGAUUACGAGUACCUCUCGGUCGCGUAGGAGGUAACAAUCAGUUUAGGAUGAUGACAGAAAUGGGAUUUUUGUAUGAUUCGUCUAUUGCAGCCCCUCGCGGGCCCUCCCCUUUGUGGCCUUAUACGCUCACUCAUCGAAUGCCUCACAAGUGCAUCGGAACUGAUCAGAAUUGCCCAACUCGCAAUUUCACGGCAUGGGAGAUGGUCCUCAACGAGUUGGACAGGAGAGAAGAUUCGACUUACUCAGAACAGGUGACAGGAUGUCACUUAAUUGAUCAGUGCUCUGGUAUCGUCGACCCAAAACAGUUCAGAGCAUUCCUGGAGUCGAAUCUGCAGCAGCAUUACACCACCAACAGAGCUCCUCUGGGUCUCCACUUCACUUCUUCCUAUUUUCUCACACGUCAGAGCUUCCUGAGGGAGUUCACCAAGUGGAUUGCGGACGUCGCAGCCCGCGGAGAUUUUUUCUUCGUAACUAUGAUGCAGGCCAUCCAAUGGAUGGAAUCGCCUACUGAAAUUACAGCACUUAAUAACUUCGAAGAAUGGAAAAGAACAUGUGUUCCCACAGGACAACCCAACUGCGUUCUGCCCAACCCAUGCAAACGGAGGCCCCCUCGGAUUUUGGCGAUUGAAGGCAGCAUGGCACUCCAUACGUGCAUGGAGUGCCCUAGGGAGUACCCGUGGCUUUACAACCCUUUGGGGGACAUAUUGGACUUGGACGAUUUGUAGAAAAUGCUAGUUCAAUGGAUGACCUGUAAUAAUUUAUUUCCAUUAUAGAAAUACUUUGGUAACUUUAAAGGAAUUUAUAGCUAAUAGCAUGGAAUGCUAUGAGAAAGUAUCUAGAAAAUUUAUUGGGCUUUUUUUCUGGCAAGGGGAAAUGUAUUUUCAAGUUGCAAAGUUCAUUUUGAAAAUCCAAUUUAUGACCGCCGUCGCAAUGGUCUUCUUAAACCUCGUGGUCCUCUACCAGUAAAUUAGUGCGUAUAAAGUUUGUACAGAUUUACAGCAUGUAAUUUUAAAGUUGGUGUCAGAUAGCAAGUUCUAGAUUUUCUAGCAGUAGAUUGUCAAAAAUUUAGUGGCAUCAAAAAUAAAAAGCACUCAUCAGUA